AUGAAGUAUUGCUCGGUCACCUGUCAACAACGUGAUGCCGCGCAGCACAGCAUGCUCUGCAGCACUUUCCAGGACUUCCAAGAACGCCCCAGCCCCAAUCACUUCCGUUCCAUCUACUUCCCAGUCGACGAACUCAAUCCACGCUUCAUCUGGCUGCGCAUGAUGGGCACACGCGGCUCUCAUGUUGUGGACGAUGAGGACCUAUCGCAGUAUGUAUCUGGAAACCAAUCUGGGGGCAUUUGCACCUCGUCGCAUUACGGGAUUACUCCGGAGCGCGAGUACAAGACCAUGAUCGUAGUUCAGCACGAUGGCAACAUGUUUGGCAACUUUCAGGUAGUUAAUUGGUGCCUUUUAUAUCUUCUUGGCCCCGAAGCGCAUCGCUGGCGAGGGGGGUAUGUGGGUCAUGGAUACAAGUACAGUACAGUGACAGACCCAGAUGAUUACGAUGAUACUGAUGCUAAGGAUUCUGAUGAUCCUUUGAUUGCAGUCGAUCUGGAUACGACAAGCUUGGGUCCUUUGAUUGCCUAUUUUUAG